GCAAAGAGGUAGGUGGGUGGGUUGCAUUGUUGAGGAGUCAAAUGAGAAGUACAGAGGUACUUCUAGAUAUAAGCUAGAUAUAGAACUAGCACACAAGGAUAAGAGUCAUCAGUAUACGUUUCUUGGGUUACCAUGGGAUCCUCACUGGCUGGAUUAACAGAACCUGCAAAGAAAUAUAUUUCUUCAAUUCUUCUGAACUAGCCUUAGAGCAUGAAAUGUAUCCAUCUUAUCCAAGAAUAAAUCAACAUUUAAAUACCAGUUAUUUUGUGUGACUGGCCAGUGCUUUUCUGACCAUCCUGCAGUCCUAAAAGAGAUUAUGGACUUGUUUUGCUAUCAUUACUGUGUAGCAAAACAGCACUGUACUGUUCAAACUCCCUUCAGUGCUGCUAAAUGAAUGAUUACCAUGUAAUGAAGAGGGAUUGCUCAACAAGGUGCCUGCUUGCCCUUGAAGGGAUAUGAGCAAUCCAAGUCCUAAACGGUCAGACCUAACCCAUUCAGCUGGAGUUUCAGGAGGAUUCAUGGACUCCUCAAUAAAUAUGCAGGCGGAUGAGUUGUUUGGUAGAAAGUUGAAAGCUUUGAACGGUAACAUGGGACCUCCGUCUUCAAAUAUACAGGGGAAAUCUGAAGCACCAGCUAUGCCUAAAAUGGGGGUACGGGCAAGGAUCUCAGAAUGGCCUCCUAGAAAGGAUGGUUUGGAAGGCAGACCUCCACCAGACUAUGAAAGUUUAAUGUUAGGGUUCCAGAAUGGACAGAUUGACCAAGGCAUGGACUCAGUUAGCGAAAGAAGCCAGGAGGUAUCUGUGGAUCUAGAGUUUGCAGAGACAAAAUGUGCCUUAGGGGACAUUUUCAACAGAUCUCCUGUUAAGGGGCUCCAUCCUAUCCGGCAAAGAAGCAACAGUGAUGUCACCAUUAGUGAUAUAGAUGCAGAAGAUAUCCUUGACCAGAAUGCUGUGAAUCCGAACACGGGGGCCUCUCUCCACCGGGAAUAUGGAAGCACAUCUUCAAUUGACAGGCAGGGGUUGUCUGGCGAGAGCUUUUUCGCGAUGCUGAGGGGAUAUCGGGUUGAUAGUCUUGAACAUCGAACCAUGCCGCCUUUGGGAUUUCCUGAACUUCUACACUACAGCUCUUCUUUCUCCCCUAGCCUUCAAACUGCAACGCAGAUAUCCAGAGGAGAAUUCGUCAGGAUCGAUGGGUAUGAUUAUGUGGAUAGUUCGCUGCUGUAUAGUAGAGAAAGAGAUACAUUUUUCAAGCAAAGGUUGAAAUCCGAAACUGUGGAGACCUCUCUGUUCCGGAAGCUGCGGACAAUAAAAAGCGAGCAUGACGGUUUAAGGUUCUCGACUGAACAGGAUGACUGCAGGCUGGAGAGGCUUGGACGGCCGCUGAGCUUUCAGAAAUGUUUUGCACACUACGACGUAGAGAGUAUUUUGUUCAACAUUAGUGAAGCUAUGGCUAACCGAGUUAACCUUGGAAAAAGAAAAAACACUACUACUGGAGCUUCUGCAGCAUCACAAUAUCAAGGUUCUGGGGGUGCUCCAGGGCUCUCCGAGUCCCCAUUGGGGAGCAGAGAAGACCUAAACUCAAAAGAGAACUUAAAUGCAGACGAAGGGGACGGUAAAAGCAACGUCUUGGUUCUUAGCUGCCCCUACUUUCGCAAUGAGAUUGGAGGUGAAGGAGAAAGGAGGAUUUCAUUAUCCAGGGCUAAUUCGGCUACCCAUUCUGGCGAGAACUGCUCCUUUGAGUCCUCCCUUAGCUCGCACUGUACCAACGCUGGUGUGUCUGUGCUUGAGGUGCCAAGGGAGAACCAGCCUAUUCACCGGGAAAAAGUCAAACGUUACAUUAUAGAACACAUUGAUCUUGGAGCGUACUACUACCACAAAUACUUCUACGGCAGAGAACAUCAAAACUACUUUGGAGUAGAUGAAAACCUGGGGCCUGUGGCUGUAAGCAUUCGGAGGGAGAAGCUGGAGGAUGGGAAAGAAAAGGAUGGAGUGCAAUAUAACUAUCGGAUCACCUUCAGGACCAGUGAGCUCACCACUCUGAGAGGAGCAAUACUGGAAGAUGCUGUGCCCUCCACAGCCAGACAUGGGACAGCAAGGGGGCUGCCUCUCAAAGAGGUGCUAGAAUAUGCAAUACCGGAGCUAAACAUCCAGUGCCUAAGGCUGGCUUUAAACUCUCCCAAAGUCCCAGAACAGCUGCUUAAAUUGGAUGAACAAGGGCUGAGUUUUCAGCACAAAGUCGGGAUCCUUUACUGCAAGGCCGGGCAGAGCACAGAGGAGGAGAUGUACAACAAUGAGACUGCUGGGCCUGCCUUUGACGAGUUCUUGGAUUUGCUGGGCCAGAGAGUGCGGCUGAAGGGAUUCAGCAAGUACAGAGCCCAGCUGGACAACAAAACUGAUUCAACUGGAACUCACUCACUGUACACCACCUAUAAAGAUUAUGAAUUGAUGUUCCAUGUGUCCACUUUACUUCCAUAUACUACCAAUAACACACAGCAGCUCUUAAGGAAAAGGCACAUAGGAAAUGACAUUGUCACCAUAGUUUUUCAAGAGCCCGGGGCCCUUCCCUUUACCCCAAAAAACAUCCGCUCCCACUUUCAACAUGUGUUUGUCAUAGUGAAAGUACACAACCCCUGCACUGAAAAUGUUUGCUACAGUGUGGCUGUUUCAAGGUCUAAAGAUGUGCCUCCAUUUGGGCCCCCUAUUCCUAAAGGAGUGACUUUCCCCAAAUCUGCAGUUUUUAGGGACUUUCUCUUAGCCAAAGUGAUCAACGCAGAAAACGCAGCACACAAAUCUGAGAAAUUUCGUGCCAUGGCUACAAGGACGAGACAGGAGUACUUGAAAGACUUGGCAGGAAACUUCGUCACAACGGCAACUGUCGAUAGCACAGUGAAAUUUAGUUUCAUUACACUGGGAGCAAAGAAAAAGGAAAAAACUAAACCACGAAAGGACGCCCACCUGUACAGCAUAGGAGCCAUUACCUGGAAUGUUACCGCUCGAGACUUUGGGCAAUCCGCUGACAUUGAAUGUCUGCUUGGAAUUUCAAAUGAGUUCAUAAUGUUGAUAGAAAAGGAAUCAAAAAAGGUGGUAUUCAACUGCUCCUGCAGGGAUGUUAUUGGCUGGACAUAUGGAGUUAUGAGUAUAAAAAUAUUUUAUGAAAGAGGGGAAUGCGUCUUGCUCUCUGCCUUUGAUAACUGCGGUGAAGACAUCAGAGAAAUUGUUCUGCGGCUGGAGAUUGUAACCAGAGGCUGUGAGACAUCAGAAAUCACCCUCCGGAGGAACUCACUAGGCCAGCUCGGGUUCCACGUGAACUUUGAGGGAAUAGUGGCAGAUGUUGAGCCCUUUGGAUUUGCAUGGAAGGCUGGCCUCAGGCAAGGGAGUCGCCUCGUGGAGAUCUGCAAAGUGGCAGUGGCCACUUUGACCCAUGAGCAGAUGAUUGACCUCUUGCGGACAUCGGUGACUGUAAAGGUGAUGAUUAUUCAACCACAUGAGGAUGGCUCGCCCAGGAGAGGCUGCUCAGAGCUGUACCGAAUUCCAAUGGUGGAGUACAAACUUGACAGUGAAGGCACCCCUUGUGAGUACAAAACCCCUUUCAGAAGGAACACAACCUGGCAUCGCUUCCCCACUCCUGGUGGUCAGCCCAUUACGCGGGCCUCCCCCAUCCAAGGACCUGCCGACCGACUGCAGGGCCAGCAGUUUCUUCAGCAGGCUCAAGCAGUCAUUCCCCGAAGCACCUCCUUUGACAGAAAGCUGCCAGAUGGCGCAAGGCCAAUUCAAGACGUUGAAAACCCCCAGAUACCUCUGUGCAACAAAAGUGAUGCCAGUCAGCACUACAGAAGUUCUCCAAGCAACCAGUCAUCGUCCAGCGACCCUGGGCCUAGUGGAAACAGCAAUUGGACACAGCAGGCAGGAUAUGAAGGAUGUCAGUCCCCUGUUCUGCAUGAUCAUCCAGGCGAUCCACCUGGCGCACUGACUGAUGGUGAUAGACCACGAGAGAGGGAAGGAACUUUAGAAAGGACCAGGUCUACUGAUGGAAAGUGGCACAUACCAUCCACUAAGAUAUUGAAUUCAUUGAAAGACAGAGGCCUUCAAGAGGGAACCAGUGGGAAAGACUCGCCAAACAAACUUUCACAUCACAAUGGAGAUAAAAAUUCCAGUCAUUCCAGCAGCAACACCUUAUCAAGCAAUGCAUCGAGCAACAGUGAUGACAAGCAUUUUGACCCAGGGGACCUCAUGGACCGUGAGAUGCUGGGAUUAAUUUACAUUAAAGGGGCCUCAACUGACAGCGGGAUUGACACCGCCCCAUGCAUGCCACCCAAUGCUGUGGCAGCAGUGCAUUUGGCAGGCAGCCGGGCAGCCCAACACAGCCGGGCUGAGCAGAUGAUGCAAUGGGCAGGUCAUCAAGAAGAUGCAGGGCCAGAGGACGAGCAAGCCAAACUGUUCGGAAUCCAAAGCUAUGCCUCUGCUAUAGCAGCUAGCCACGUUACAGAAGGAAGUAUCGGAGACCUCAGUGAAAUCGCAUCCCACACCAGGAGACUAUAUGGUGAUGCAGUGGAAAUUCCAAUGUCUUGUCAGCUCCAGACUCCCAGAAGAGAGAGUAAGCACCAGCCAAGCUUUUCCAUGGAGGAUUUUUUGAAGCUGAUGCUACCAGACAGCCCUCCUGUGGAAGACAGCAGGAGGAAGAUUUCUGCUUCUGGCAGUCUGUCGCCAAAGAAGUCUCUGCAUCGCACUCUGUCUGAUGAGAGUUUAUGCAGCAACAGAAAAGGUUCCUCGUAUGCCAGUUCUCGAAGUUCAAUGCUUGACCAAGUAUUGCCAAAUGAUAUUCUGUUCAGCACUACGCCACCGUACCACAGCACUCUACCGCCCAGAAUGACACUAAACUCUGGUGCAUCAAACCUAAGAAGUGAAUUCUGGUUUUCCGACGGGUCCUUCGCUGAGAAGUCCAAGUUUACUGACCCUGGCCUGAUGCCCCUACCAGACACUGCCUCUGACUUGGACUGGUCUCAUCUCGUAGAUGCUGCACGAGCGUUUGAAGACCAGAGAGUUGCAUCCUUUUGCACCAUGAAUGACAUGCAACAGGAACAGGCUUUGCAGAUCUCCGAGGUGUUGUCCAGACAAAUUGCAGAAGCAGAAGGGAAGAACAUUGAUGAAACUGGGGAGAAUUCUCCAGCUACUCUUACUGGGAAGGUAAACCAACUGGAAUUGAUUCUCCGACAGCUGCAAUAUGACUUGCGAAAGGAAAAGGAAGACAAGGCUAUCCUAAAGGUUGAAGUGCAGCAUUUGAGGCAAGACAACAUGCGACUUCAGGAGGAGUCUCAGACUGCUUCUGCUCAGCUGAGGAAAUUCACCGAGUGGUUUUUCCACACCAUCGACAAGAAACCUUAAAUUACACUAAAAGCCCUAACUGGUUCACUCAGUAGAGGAAUGUAAACAUAGGGUUCAAAUACAAUUACUUAAUAGUUGUUGUAGUAGCUAUAGUCUGUGUCUGACCGUGUUCAGCUGACAAUACCAGCAGUGAUGGGGUAGUUGAAGAGAACUAAGUCAUAUUAUUUAUCAAGUGGAGCUAUAUGGGAAUGUGCUUUAGUUUGUGCUCACUACAAAAAAAAAUGAAUGUAUCUCAUGGUGUCAUUUCAGACAAAUCUAUAAACAAGAAAAACUUCUAUUCUUAAUUUGUUAUAAAUCAUAAGGUAACGUAGUCCACCAUUUUAAACGUUUAAUCAGUGAAGAUAUUAACCAACCCUAUUGGCUUUUCAGUAUUGUAAAAUAGAAGAGCCAAGCAGUAACUUUGAUGUUAAAGGUGCUCUAUUUUUUGUAAGUAGUUUUUAUUUCCACUGUCAGUGUCAUAGCAAUAAGAAGGUAUAGUCAAUAGUCACAAAACUGUGUUUAAAAGUUAGCACUAAUGUGAUCAAAUAUUUGUUUAAAUGCAGUUGUAUUAGAACUUAUUUAUUUGCAGGAACAAAUGGUGCCUGAUAUGAAAGUGUUUGGUUUUCUUUUUUUAAACACAUGCCUUGUUAACGGCUCACUAAUUUACUCACCACCUAUUCUUUUUCUUUCUGUAUAGUUUACUUGCAGCUAUAACAGUUCUAAUACCUUGUACUAGAACUAGGGUGUGAGCCAACAAACCACUUUUACAAUGCCAAAUGUGUUCAUCUUUGUACAGAAACUCUGAGGAAGUGUCUUGUAUUUAACACCAUUAUUUAAGCUUAUUUAACCUUAAUGUUUAUUUUGUUAAGUUUUUUUUUUAUCUGCACUAUGAAGAGGACAGCUUCCUGUAAGCUGGCAUUUCUAUAGCUUGUCAGGGCUAUACUGAUGAUUUCUAGAAACUCCAACAUUUGGAUGCUGCUAGUACAUAGUUCAUUGGUUUGUAUGCUUUUAUGUCUUUAUUUGUAAACCGUUUCAUAUAAGAUGGGACAUACAUUUUGCUUUUUUUAAAUAAAUGUAGAACAUAAAAACACAUACUGUUUUAUGUGGUCAUUUGGCUUUUGAUUGACAUGUGUACAACAUACAGUAGUAACAUCACUGUUCAAAUUAUAAUAAUGCAUGAGAACUCAACCACGGUUAAGGGUUUGUUAAAAUCCCAAUACAUCUUACCGGUUUAUAGCUGUCACCCCAUGCAGAACUUACGGCACAGUUCUGAAAUUUUCUGAAAAAAUUAUAUUUUAAAAAAAUUAAAUGGUGUUACAUUAGUGCAAGCUUUGUUUUUGUAAUUUAUAAUAAUGUUAUAGUUUUGUUGGAUGUCUCUUGUUAUGACAGAAAUUUGGCACAGUUUGAGCUAUCCUUUGCUUCACAGUCCACACCAAAACUGCACAAUGUGACAUCU